AAAACUCUUAAUGUCUUGUAGUAUAAGUUAUAAAUAGGAUUCGCUUAGUAAUCAAGAGACCGUAGAGAAAGUUAGCCAAAGAAUUUCUAAGAAAGAAUAAAUAGAAAUGAAAAGAUAAUUAGAUGUAAUGAUUAAUAGAGUUAAAAUGUUGGAAAUAUUUCGAUAACGAUUGUAAUUUUUUCUAAUUAUUUAGAUAAGGGAAACAGAUUUAAAGUGAAAUUAAGAAUGAAUAGGUUAAUAGCAUAAGAAAUGAGUAUAACGAAUACUUGAAGUAGGUAUAUUAUGAGAGGACCUAUUUAGUAAAGUAAACAUAAAGAAUCUAGAGAGUAAUCUUUGGAACAUUUUAGGGAAAAAACUAAGCUUUUAAAAUAAUAACAAUUUAAUCUUAAAGUAUAAAUUAGACAAAGCGUACAAUAAUAAAAGAGGGAAUAAUUUGAGUUGAUGAAAAAACAAUCAUUAAAUCACGAUAAAGUUAUUAUUCUUCAGAAAGAAAGAUCAAAAUCAUAUAAUGUGGAGAAGAAAUAAAAAGUUCAGCUAUAUGAAUUGUAAUAACAAUAAAACUUAGCUAUGUAUAAAUAAUAAAAAUAAGAUUAAUUUAAAUCUUAACAUAAGAAAGCAGUCCUUGAUAGCUUUAAGAAAAAGGCUUAGGACUUUAUGAAAAUUUAAUAAUUAUGGGAGCAAGAAUAAGAUAUUUUAGAUUAAUUAAAUGAUUCUUAUCAUUCAAAAUUGACUUCUUCAAUGAUUAAGAACUGA